UGCGCAGAUUUAGGCUUUUUGCAUCAACAAACAACAAUGGCGCAGGCAAAAGACCUCGAGCAGGUUCAAUGUUUCGGUCGGAAGAAAACUGCGGUAGCCGUCACAUACUGCAAGCGCGGUCGCGGCUUGAUCAAGAUCAACGGUUGCCCCAUCGAGCUGGUCGAACCGGAAAUUCUUCGGUUCAAGGCCUUCGAGCCCAUCCUUCUCUUGGGGAAGCACCGGUUCGCCGGCGUUGACAUGCGAAUCCGCGUGAAGGGCGGUGGUCACACCUCACAGAUUUACGCCAUUCGCCAAAGCAUUGCGAAGGCUCUCGUAGCGUUCUAUCAGAAGUACGUUGAUGAACAGAGCAAGAAGGAGAUCAAGGACAUCCUCGUACGGUAUGAUCGCACCUUGCUUGUUGCUGAUCCCAGGCGCUGCGAGCCCAAGAAGUUCGGUGGUCGUGGCGCUCGCGCUAGGUUUCAGAAGUCUUACCGUUGAGAUUUAUUGGAGAUAGAAGAGUGCCUUUUGGAUCAAAUUAAGAUUGGUUUCAGUUGUGAGGGAUUUGGGUGUCUAUGAUCCAUGUCUUCCACUGAAAGUUGAAGGAUGGAGGUUAUACAUAUAUCUAAUUAAUGUUACAAGUUAGAAGUAUCCGGAAGUAUUUGAGAACAAUUAGAAGUGAUAUGCUGGAAAUUUUUAAAGUUUGCUGCUAUUUACUGGAAUGAACAUUCUUCGCGAGGUCUUCACCUUGGAUUGAAGUUUGUUAUUUAAGCAAUUACGGGAAUAGCUAUUAAUAUUUAAACGAUAUUAAUAGAUCAAUCAAUAUGAAGGAACGGGUCAUGAAAAGGAAAUUCGGGAGAAAGAAACCUUUAUGAAAGCUGGAAGCGGAAGAGACUGUAGUCCGUGGAAAGGUUAUGAAUAGCCGCAUAAGUUCAAAUGAUUUUGUAACAUGAAGUUCAGGACUAUAGUAACUUUGGCAAAUGCUAAUUAUUGUCUUAAAAGAAUCAAAAGUAAAGAAUAAAAAUGUUAUUGAUGUUUCUUUU